AUCGUAUGCCAUUUCCUCUUUUCUUUCCCCAGGUCUGUUUAACAACUAGACCGUUCCCUUCUUAAAAUUACUGAUAAUCUCAGUUGAUUUUGUACUAUUUCUUGAUCACAGGGGCUGUCGGUCCUUAUUUUUGCGCAUGACACCGAUAAGUUCCCCAACCUUCUUUGUUUGCUUGUUUACCAUGGACCAUCAAAACACCAACAUCCCCAUGCUGGGGUGCCCGAUAUGUCCUUUUACAGACUCUGACGAAAACUUCAUCAUCGAACAUGUCGAAUAUUGCCAUCCUGACCAUUCCGGAGUAACGAACUCGACCGCAUUAUACGAUAAUGUAGAAGCCAGUGCUCCUAAAGACAUGUCUUCUCACACGGGACUAUUGCCAGAUCAAACUGCUCGUAUCCAAGACCCUGGACCGUCUGGUGAACAUAGAUCAAAAGGGUCUGCCAAGGGUCUGCCACAUAGUUCAAUCAACAACAACUCGGAUAAAAAUGCAGCCUUGAAAAAUACACCCUCUGGGAGUGUGAAAAGGCUUAGACGUUCAGAACUAGGGCCCUAUGCCAAUGAGAAGCAGAUGCCUUCCUGGCUCCGAAAAUUGCUCGAAAAGGGUGCCAAGCGAACACGUUCAAAUAGGAUCGCGCCAGAUGGUACUCUUCAUAAGCAUGAAUCUGUUGAAAAUGAGACUCCCGGUAUCGUUCCAGUACUUGCUCGACUAUGCAAGCAGGAUAAAUCAGUCGGAUGUGCUUUUCUUUGCAAUCCUAAUGUCUACCACGUGUCUAAGAUGUCGAUGGAAGGGAGCUUCUGCGGCUAUAGGAAUAUCCAGAUGUUGAUAUCGUACAUCAAAGAAUGCCAUUGCCCGGGGCACGACCACUUUCCCGGACCUUUACCAACCAUCUUGCAACUCCAAGAUAUGAUCGAACGGGCAUGGGACCUGGGGUUCAACAGUGUGGGCCGACUUGAAACAGGAGGGAUUCGUGGCACUAGGAAAUUCAUUGGGACACCUGAGGCACAAGCUCUAUUUUCGAGUCUUGGAAUACGGUGCGAAGCAUCCAGCAUUGGAGAUACAAAAGAGACUCGAGCACAUGAUGCUUUGUUAGAAACCAUCGCAGCGUACUUUCGCGGUUCUCAUCCCAUAGAGACAGACGACAAAGUCAUUGUAACGAGCUUACCACCCGUCUAUCUUCAGCACCAUGGCCACUCUUUGACCAUUGUUGGAUUUGAGAUUCGAGACAGUGGUAAAGCAAAUCUUUUGGUUUUUGAUCCAAUGUUCAAAACAUCGCGUGCAAUGAAACGUCUAAAAACUACCUCUGCAAAAGUCGUUGAUCCUACUCGCAUUCUGAAAGGGUAUAGACGAGGGGCGAAGUACCUCCAAAGGUAUAAGGCGUUCGAGAUACUAAAGAUGCGCACGUCUCCAAAUGUGAUCAUUACAGGGACUCCCGGGGUAGGGAAGACUGUCCACUGCGAGCAAAUAGCGCAAGACACUGGCUUGCGGCACUUAUCUAUCAACCAGGUCGCAAAAGACCGCGGUUGUUUCGAGUCGUACGAUGAAGAGUUAGAAACUUGGGUCGUGGAUGAAGAUAAACUUUUGGACGCUAUCGAAGAGGAGGUCUUACAAGGCGGCUAUCUAAUCGAUUGGCAUGCUUGUGAUCUGUUUCCGAAAUCGUGGAUUGACCUCGUUGUGGUUCUGCGAUGUCCAUCUACGUCAAUUCUAUAUGACCGUCUCUCAACAAGGGGUUAUAAACAGGAAAAGUUGCAAGAGAACAUGGAUGCAGAGAUAUUCGGUGUUCUAGUCGAAGAGGCUCGCGAGGCAUAUGAUGAAGAAAUCGUCGUCGAGUUGAAUAGUGAAAAGGAUGACGAUGUAGACAACAACUGUGCGCGGAUCUCAAGUUGGGUAGAAAGAUGGAAGAUUGACCAGACACAAUAAUUGAGGUCACUCACUGUCUGAAAUCUCCGUUUAUGUUUAGCAAUCUUC